UGAAACGGUUACAAAAAUCAGAAGCGUCUCUCACUCACCAGAAGAAAAACGUCUUUAACGUGCAAGAGUUUUAAACAUCGGUCAACGGUGCUGUGGUGAAUUGAGAGACAGUAACACCACAAAUUAUUCUGCUAGUGUUCUAAAGUGUUUUUUUAAGAAACAAAAGAAAUAUUCAGGCUAUAGCCAACACGAAAGAAAUGGGAAUCCCAAAAGUAAACGAUUUAGCAGCCGUUUUCGUAGCAACUGUCCUUCUUCUAAGCAUCUGCCCGGCUAAUGGUGGCAUUUAUCGUUCGCAGGAUGCCUUAAUUUUCAAAAUCGAUCGAGCGGCGGAUGGCUCCUUUUCUCCAAAGCUUUUCCCAAUCAAACAAUCGGAUUUUUUGCCAAUCAAUUUCUUCCUGAUUGGCGGCCUCAUUAACCCUGCAUUUUUGCCUGAACUUAAUCGACCUCGGCAAAAUACUAACUUGUACUACAGCAACAUCGGCCCGCAUCACCCACUGCAAGAACUGAAUUUGUACAACUGGCUUAUUCUCCACCCGUUCAUCUUUGAAGGAGUCCGUGCUGCUGCUGCUCCUCCGGCAUUAAAUUCUAGCAAGGAUCAGCAGACAUUCAAUCACGAAUUCAAACAGAAGAGUAGUAUUCCUUGUGGCGUUGGACCCAAUACCAAUCGCAUUGUCAAUGGCCAGGAAGCCGUUCCAAAUUCUUGGCCUUUUGUCGUGGGCUUCAAGACGCUUGGCAGUAACACAGUCUUUUGCGGCGGUUCUUUAAUUUCUGAAACUGAAAUUCUGACAGCGGCUCAUUGUUUUGAAAGAUUGUCCCUGUAUCAGCUGUCACGAAAGGUUGUGAAACUUGGCAUGCACGACCGGGGAAACGAUGACGGCGGGACGGAUGACGCGCUUGAGGCGAUUAAAAUCAGCAGCCUAACAAUUCAUAGGAUGUUUAAUCGUAGAAGUUUAGAUUACGAUGUCGCCAUUAUAACAAUGGAGCAACCCGUCACUUACUCAAGCGCUAUUUCACGUGUCUGCUUGCCGUCGGGGAUGGAACAAAUCGAUGACUUUGCAGGAAAGAGUGCCAACGUCAUGGGGUGGGGAACCACAUCAUUCGGUACCGGCUUGUAUCCGUCUAAAUUAAGGCAGGCUUCGGUUCCGAUCAUAACGAAAGACGAAUGCACGCAAAUCUACAGCCAACCUAACGAAAUUACUAGCAAUAUGCUGUGUGCUUCUGCUAGCCAAUCGGAUUCGUGCCAAGGCGACAGUGGUGGUCCGCUCGUCGUGCAAUCUGACGACGGUUCUUGGACCCAAGUCGGCAUCGUUAGUUGGGGAUACGGAUGCGCGGAUCCAGAAUAUCCUGCAGGUGUGUACGCGAACGUACCAGGGCUAUCGAGCUGGAUUGGCAAAUAUAUGGGGCAGAAGUGAUUUGCAUAUUUUAUAUACGAAGUUUAUAUAGUCUAUAUACACGAUUCGGUUAGUGGAAAA